UUAUAGAAGUCAAUGAAAGGUCACCUCUGUAAACGAUAACACCAACUCGUUUCUUCAUCUUUGGAAAGAGAUAACUGAAUCGACUUGUCAAAAUGGAGGGUGGUGCCAGCGAAACUGAAGUUUUGAUCGAGGAUGCAAAUAAACACGCAGCAGACCCAAUAAAAGAAGAGUCAGAAGGAAAUACGGGAGAAAAAGCAGACGACGAAGAAAAGGCCGAAGACGAAAAUUCCCUUUCAGAAGAUGCUGAAGCACUUGCCGAGGAGCUAGCCAAAAUUGUUGUACAUGCACCUGUCAUUGAACCUCCACCAAAGGAAGUAUUUGACCCAGCAGAAUUUCCAUCAUCAUACAAAGACAACCUCCCAAAGGAAAAGCUUGUUCUCCAGUACGCUGACAACUUCCGCAGACAGUACGUCCACCUCUACAGAGACAGGAAGCCACUCUUCCUCAACCCACUGAAUGAGUUUUAUAUUGACAAAUUGGUCUGCACAACUAUCCGUCCAACUCAACUACCCUACAAGGAGCUGUAUAACUGGGAUGGUGCAGCAGAGUUUGUGGCCGACUACCUCAACUUCCAGACCCUUGAUCCACCCUAUGAGCUGCCCAAGGUCUUACUUUCCCCGUCCACAGUCCUGAAGCGCCAGAAGGGCAACUGUUUUGAGUAUAGCACCCUGCUGUGUUCUCUGCUGAUUGCUGCUGGAUAUGAUGCAUAUGUGGUCAGCGGAUAUGCCACACGGGAGACAUGCCUGGCUGACGAGUCACGAGAGAUAUGCCCCAUGCUUAAGAAGAAAGAGGAGAGAAAAGAGGAAGAGAAGAGGAAGGAGAUGAAGAAGUACACUGUGAAGCCCCCGCGGGAUCUGCGGAGUAAGUUCGAGCUGAAGCAGGAGCGGAGGAGACAGGAGGAACAGAAGGCAGAGGAGGAGAAGAGGAAGAAGGAGGAGGAGGAACGACUGGCGGCCCUAGAGCUGCCUCCCACCGACCCCCUCCACGGGCUGAGGAUUCACUCCUGGGUGCUGAUUCUGUCAGGGAAACGAGAGGUCCCAGAGAGCUUCUUCAUCGAGCCCUUCACUGGCCUGUCACAUGAAGCAGACAGCCCCAACUACCUGGGCAUCGAGUCGGUGUGGAACAACGUCAACUACUGGGUCAACAUGCAGGACUGUUCCGAUGGAGUCAAGGGCCUGUCCUAUGACCUGGGAGACUGUACGAUGUGGGAGUACAUGUUCCCGGGUGUGGACAAGCACCUGCUGCAGAUCCCGGAGACUGAGGAAGAUCUCAUGGACGGCCUGGAUGAUGAUGAGGAGAGUAAUGAUGACGUAGAGAAGCACCUUGACAUGCCCCCAUCCUGGGUGGAGCCCCUCAGACUCUCCCUCAGAGAUUUUGAGAUGCGUUGUCCACAAGGCAAGAAGACCAAACUGUACAAGCGAGCUAAGCUGGAAAAGUUUGCCCACUAUCUCCUCAACGAUGGCCUUGUGUCUCGGCUGUCUGUGUACGAUGACAAAGAGUUGACGGACCUUGUCCUUGUGAAGGAGUACUAUGCACAUCGUAAGGACAAGCUCCACACAAGGGUGCACAACCAUCGCACUGGCUGGGUCACCGAGUUCUUCAACCCUGGUCGAGUCAAAUGUCUUAAAGAGCACCAGUACAAGGCCAGUCAGCCAGGACCAGAGAAUGAGAGGACGAUGACCUUCCACAAUGAUGCCCGAGUGGAUGGACUGGUCAAACGUAUUGAGACACCGGCUGAGAUGACCGAGCACUUCAAAGACAGAGAUGACUUCCUCUUCUACAAACAUGUCAUCUUUAGCAAGAGAGUAAAGAAGUUUGGCCCACAGGAUGGGUCCUCAUCGGCCAACCAGAGACCUAUAUUGAAAAUGACCCAGAAAUUCCACCGAAACAAAUCCAAACCAGCCAACUGUGACAUUGCAGAAAUGAUCUUCACCAUGUCGGAUGACAAGAUCUUCCUGACUUGCCACACAGAGGACAAGAGAAUCGCGUCAUCCACCAGGGAGUUCAGCAAGCCCACUAACUGGGAGGAGAAGGGAGCUGUGCUGGCCUGGACUCCAGAGAUGCACCAGACAUUCCAGGUGGACCCCAAUGCUCCCUACAAUAAGCAGGUGGAGCUCUACCAGACUCUGCUGGAACUCCUCAAGGCUGAGGAAAUCUGUCGGGAGCGUCUCCGAGAGUCUGAGGAGGAGGUGAAGGAAAUCCUGGAUGAGAGAACCAAGGAGGAGAGUGACUCAGAGUUGGAGAUUUCUGUGUACGACACAGAGAGGAAUGAGAAGGCAAAGAAACACAGGAGAGAGAUGGAACGUAUCAAGUUGGAGGAGAAGAUGAGGAAGCAGGAGAUGGAGAUUGACUACCUGGCACCCUUCCUGGCCCAGAUCGGUGACCCGGACAAGGUAUCUCGCACCCAGGCCUACAAGCUGAAGGAGGACUGUCUGGCCGACCUCAAGCAGAGGCUCAUUGACAAGGCCAACCUCAUACAGGCCAGGUUCGAAAAGGAGACGCAGGAGCUGCAGAAGAAGCAGGGCUGGUACCAGCAGAACCAGGUGUCCAUGCAGAAGGAUGACGAGGAAGAGUACCUCAACUACUGCAGCGAGGCCAUGUUCCGCAUCCACAUCCUGGAACUCAGACUCAACAGACACAAGGAGAUGGCUCCACACAAGUACAUGGCCCUGGAACAGAAGCUACGGAGUGACAACCGGCUGACUGAGUACUUCUAGACUGACACAAUACAAACCUGCUCAAGCCAAUCUUUGUCACAUACUGCCCUUGUUUUUAGAUUCAUUUGUGAUAUAUUGUGUCAUUUGUCAUGGCAUAUUGUUUCAUCCCAGUAAUAUCUGUGAUAGCUUCAUAAAAAUUAAUGGCUGUUGGGGAAUAUUCAGUUUUUGUCAUUUAUAUUGAUUUGUAAGUUAAUGUUUGGCUUUACACAAUUGCAGCAUAUGAAUACUACUUCCUCAAUUGCAUAACAUUUAAGGUCAUUCCAGUAUUUUCCCAAAUUGAAUAAAACAUGUUCAGAUAUAAUUGUAUUAUAUGACUUCUUAUCAAUGCUGUAUUAUAUCAAAGUAAAAAUACAGUAAACUACGUUUAUAACGAACAUGCUUAUAACGAACUGGCGGAUAUAACGAACUGGUUUUUAGGUCCCUGUCAUAUGCUGUCUAUAUGCUGUUUAUAUGCUUAUAACGAACUACGGUUAUAACGAACGAAAACUUGUGGUCCCUUUGAGUUAGGUAUAACCGUAGUUUACUGUAGAUUUGAAUACUUUUAUGAGACCUGAAGGAAAUAAAUAGAGAGUGGAGCAGUAUGUAUUGUCUUGGGUGAAUUCCUAAAUCUCAGUAGAGAUCCUCCCAAACUUUCUCAGAUGUUAGCAUGGACCACAUCUGGAAGUAAAUCCACUGCUGGUGGAAUGAAGAAGUUGUUCAGUAUUCAGUAAAUGAGCAUUAUGACCAGUCCCCCCAUUGCUGUGUACAUUAACAUAUAGUUGUAUAUAUGUCAGAUGGUUGACUGGAAUUGAAUUAAAUAAAAUCUGUAUCUAUGAA